AUGGAAGGAAAGAGGAAAAGUUCGUCGACAACACAAGAAGUCAUUAAGAAGCAACGUGACCAAGAAAUAUAUAUUAGAGGUUCUGUAAACGAGGACGAGACAAAGAAACUUUUACGAGAUGCGUGGGUACAUGCAAAUGCUGCAAAUAAUUCGAAUUUUGAAGUAAUUCGCGAGCCAUUUAAAUGUUGCAUUAUAAACAAUCUUAUUGAAGACAAAUCAUUCUUUGAUGAUCUUGGGGAUGAACUUUCUUCACUUGACUUGGUUGCCAAAAAUAAUGAUCUCUAUCAGUUUCAUCAGUCACAAGACUUGGGUAAUGUUGUAACCCCUGCAAUCAACAAUCUAAAGAAUUUUUUACUUGGUCAGUGUCGCUCAUGGCUUCAGGAUGUUACAAAUAUAGAUCUUAACAACAAACUUGCACUGACAUAUUCUUGUUAUAGUAAUAGUGAUUAUCUUUUGUGUCAUGAUGAUAAGUGUGAAGAUCGAAGAAUUGCCUUUAUAUUGUAUCUCAACAAAGAAUGGAAGGAAGAUGAAGGUGGUGCACUUCAGCUAUUUAGCACUGAUGAUUCAGGGCAACCAGUAGAAGUUGUGCGAUCCAUUAUUCCAGAAUUUAACAAAUUUGUGUUUUUUGAGGUCACAGAUAAAUCUUUCCAUCAGGUUGCAGAAGUAUUGACUGACAAUUUUCGAAUGACAGUAAAUGGUUGGUUUCAUUCAUCUGUGCACUGUUCACAAAGCAACUUUAAAGAAUCACUUCCUUUGAGAUUGCCUCCUCGACCACCAUCUGAUGCCGAGGCUCUUUUUGAAUAUAUCAACCCAGUUUACUUAGGUGAAAAUUACCACCAAGAAGUCUCUGAAAUAUUUGAAGAGCAAAGCCAAAUUUCUCUCUCAGAAUUUCUAAAGGAAAAUGUGUAUGAUACAUUAUGUUCUGCUUUGCGUAGUGAUGAUAUUCAGUGGAAGAAGAGAGGGCCACCUAAUCGAAGACAGUAUUUUGUACCUGUUGAUGAGACUGUACCUGAAUAUGUAAAAUCAUUUAUUGAGUUUUUUUCCUCAACUGCUGUUUUCACUUUCCUGCAUAAGCUUACAAAGUUGGAUCUAGUACCUUGUGAUGGAGAACAAAAAAAUUUAAUGAGCUCUGCAUCAUCAAGUUCUGAUAAUGUUGGAUCUGGUGAUCCAAAGUGUUCGGUUGAGAUUCAGAUGUGGCAACAUGGCUGUUACACUCUUGUAAAUGAUGAUGAUCCAACUUUUAAAGAAAGUGCUUUGGAUGCGGUAAUUUAUUUUAACGUUGAUGAUGUGGAGGAGGAGCACGGAGGAUUUACGUCAUAUAUUGCACGAGAUGAAGACUUGGAACUUCUCACUGUUACACCAGUGAAGAAUGCGUUGGCUCUUUCAUAUCGAGAUGAUGAAACAUUGAGAUUUGUUAAAUUUAUCAACCACUACUGUACUGGAAAAUUUUAUACUUUAUCAUUUGUAUAUCAUGAAGUAUGUGUGGUUUCUGAGCCCAUGUAUGGCUGGAGAAUUGGACGAAGAUGGCGAUGGUGUUUUGUUGGGCUUUCUAUCCUGUUGAUCGCCUCUCUCUACUUACUAACCUCAUUGCCAGCUCUUCCUGAGUUGGCUGAGGUUCACACAUGCCCUGCAUGCUUUGGAACGUCUCUGUGCCCAGCUAUUGCAAGCGGUUCCCUCAGCCUCACAGACCUUGGUUCAGUGCCUGGUCUAAUUGGUGCUCUAGGAACGAAAAACGUAUUCUUUGGUUCUUACAAUGGCCACCAUGUUGUGCUCAAGAAACUUGGCCAUACAUGGGAGCUACAAGGACUGGACAGAGCUUUGUGUGUAGCAGCUGACCUGGCACCUGACUGUAAAAUAAAGGAGGCAGUUGAUUAUUUAAGUGAUAUCCACAGUUUAAUCAUGGACUAUGUAUCACAAUCAACCAGAGAUAAUGCCGGAGUUUUGAGUAGUUUUCAUUUAUGCCCAUCAGCAGAUAAUUUGGAUGUCUUGUUGAGUGAUGUCAUGAAGAACAGUAAAAAUGUGUCAUCUGACCUUGCUCUUAUCCACAUAUGGACUUUGCUUCAUCUCAAUGCUGAGCCUCUCAUUUUACAGAUCCUUCCUGCAGAAGAAAGUUGGCCGGUGCCCAGAUAUCUUGGAGCAUGUGGUCGACUUGUCGUGGAGGAAUAUGCUGGGCAGCCUUUGUCAGAAUUUACAAAUGCUCCCUGGCCUAAGCGUGCUCACCUUGCCAAGCAGCUUUUGCAUGCAGCCCUCCAAUUCACAGAAAAGCACCCUGCUUUUCGAUUUUACCUCACAGACAUCUCACUUGAUAAUGUGGCUGUGGAUGCAGUAGGAAAUGUCAAGUUUGUUGAUCUGGAAAAUAUCAUCAUAUUAGACAAGUAUCCAUCCGAUAGAGUAAAGCCGGCAACAUGGAGCAGUCAACAUGUGAGUGAGAACUACGGAUGCAGCGAUUGCUUUGCUUUUUCAUCAGAUGAUAUUUGCAGUCACCACAUCAGUGAUCAUAAUUUCUAUGCUGUGUGCCAGGAAUUGUUGGUGGGCGGUGGCAACAGUGGAGGAUUACUGGCUGUUGUGCCUUCUGCUGCUCUCAUCAGGCAGCCUGUGCUUCCAACUUUGCUGCAGCAAUGUGCUCAUUCCCCUGGACCCAAAGGGCGCCGCAUGGCAGCUGCUCAACUUGUUUCAGCUCUUGAGAAGGAAGCUUCAUUUUCUUAUUUCAUUCAGCAUUGAUGGUCAUUGUUUUAAACAGCAAGAUCAUAUAUUGUGUACAUGAGCUUCAUAGCUGCGUGGUUAUAUGCAACUUCAGGAGAUACUCAUCAAUUUGUAGAGUCAACACUUGUUUACUUAAUUUAGAUACAUGCUUCAAAAGCAUACUUUAUUGAAUUAAUAAGCUGGUAUUUGUUAUUCAGGCCCCUUUUUAUAUGAGUAUUUUUUUGUUAAGAAGUUGUUCAGGUGAAGAAGCUAGCUCUUCUGCUAUGUUGAACCAGUUCAGACCAGAUCCUAUUGAUGUGAUGACCACAAGUACACUUCAAAUUCAAUUUUAUUGUUAGAAUUUAAGGAGAAAGUGAUGGACAUGCUCAUGUAAAUUUCAUUUCAACAUUUAAAUGAAAGUCUUUUAAGUUUGGCUGCAUCUAGUAUUCUGGAUAAUUGAAACCAUGAUUUAGUUUGUCAAAGGCAGUGUUUAUUGAUAACUCUAAUAAUUACUAUCUUUCAAACUUCCAUGUCAACCAAUUUAAAACAAUUUUAUAAGCAAUGAUGCACGUAUGUAUAUGCAAUGUAUUUAAUACAAGCAAUACAUUCAGACAACUGUCAUGCAACGUAAUAUCAUCUUAAUGUCUUUCAAAUACAGUAAAAUCCCUCUUUUACUCUUUUCGAUGGUCUAAGAAAAAAUUAUGCAAAUCAUGAGGGAUUACCUUGAAUAACAAAAAACAGAACAUUAAAUCUACUUUUAUUAAUAACCUUAAAUGAGAAAGUGUAAACUUAACACUUCAAAAUAUGUAACACAUCUUGUGUAAAGCAAUUUUAUUAUUUUACAUAAGAUUAUCAUAAAUAUCUUUUAAGAUUUAAGGGAUUGGGAAAAUUAGUGAAAAUGUAACUUCUGAGAUAGAGUAGAAGUAGGGUUUUACUGAAAAUAGUGCCAUAUGAGACAUUUAGUUCAAGAAUAUGAAGAAAAGGAAAACUAAAUUCAACACCUAUCAUUUUCAAAAUUGUAAUGAUUUUGUACUUUUUUAUUCUUAAUCAAGAUGCUGAACACACUUGAGCUUUUGUAAUGAAAUACUUUUUGUGAUGAUGUUUGUUUAUGAAAUGCAUUUAUUGUGAGUCUGUUAAUUGUAUGUAUUAGAAGUCAAUGAGAGUUUUGUAAUUUAUGUUUAUUGAAAGUGCUAAGUCUACUUUUAUGUACAGAAUGUAGAUUUAAAUCUCUGAAAUUUGUGAUCUUUCCUUCAUUGCUCAAAGUUUUUGUUAUGAUUUCAAAUAAGAAAUGGAAAAGUGCUUUAUACUUUGCAGUUCAAGUAUUCUGCAACAUGUUAAUGUCGUAUUUAGAGAAUAUGCAUGCCAUAAUGUAUUUAAUUCGUGUUGUUAUAUCAUAAUUAUUUUUAUACAGAUAUUGUGCAUUUGCAUUUAAGUUUUAUAAUUUUGUAAUAAUAAAUGAUUUUAUUUACCAUUUUUCUCCUUUCAUGACUUUGCAGAAAGCAUUGCCAAUAUUUUGUGAUGUGCUGUAGCAGCUUUUCCAAAAUAUAAGUUUCAUAGUAUUUUUUAAAAUGAAUGGCAGAUAACAACACUAACAUGGAGGAUAUGUGGUUCCAAUGUCAUCAUGCACAAUAGAGUGAACGUGUGCUGAAACAUCCUCAUGAAGAACAGUCAUGAAAAAUUAUAACUUGUAUGUUGAGAAACAAGCUGUUGAUGUUUCAAG